AUAGGUUAUAACGCUUCCUUCAUAAUGCACAUAGUAUGUGUGCCUCUAGCAACGAUUAUUACAGUAAUACUGUGUAUUCAACUCACAUUUACAACACAGUCCUUCGAAUUUUGUGGCAAAGAUUUUGACACCGCAGGAUGUAACGAACCAUCAGUUACAAAAUCAGUUCCAAGAUAUGUCUUGUAUGAUGUGAACCCCCCAGAAGGUUUUAACCUUCGUCGUGAUGUCUACAUGAGGAUGGCAAUAUUUGUCAAAAAACUGAAGAAGUUUGAGGACUGUCACCUGGUGCUGCCACCAUGGGGACAGCUGUACCAUUGGCAGUCAACUGAUGUGGGACGUCAGGAUAUGUUGCCAUGGAGCCUGUUCUUUGACAUACCAAGCUUGCGGAAGUUUGCACCAGUCAUGGAGAUGCAUGAAUUCCUGCAAGAGUUUGGCAGUCUCAUGCUGGAUGUGGUCUAUGUCCUGCAGCAUUACAAGGGCAUGUGGGAGAGCAACCAGUGGGUUCAGAAGUUUGAGAUUGAGCCGUGCCACGAGAAGCACCGUUACAGCAGGUCAGAGAAUGGGAUGUACAAAGGUUGGUUUUGGGGAUACCCCAACAUCACAGCCACUGAGGUGCACUGCCUCUCAUUUCAUGGACAUGCUUCACAUCUGAAAGGAGUUCUACAGAAUCUGAAAGCUCGUGCUGUUAUGUUUGACCAUGCUGAGGUGGCCCUACAUGAUGUGUUUGGAGACGCACUGUACUGGAAGGCUCGCCGAAGCAUGCGGUUUUCCUCUGGUCUUGUGAAGCUGGCUGGAAGCUUUAGGAUGGAGUACCUAAACUCCACUGAUGAAACAGAUGGUACCGUCAGACCAGGUGAUUGGACAAAAGAAAAAGCCCAUUCAGAUGUAACGGGUGGUCCGUAUAUGUGCGUUCACCUGCGUCGCAAAGACUUCCUAUGGGGCAGACCGAAGCAAGUGCCAAGCAUUAGAGGAGCAGCAAAACAGAUGAAAGUCCAUCUUGAACAGCUGGGGCUGACAACUGUAUUUGUUGCAACUGAUGCACCACUGGAAGAGUUUGAGGAGCUUCAGCGACACCUACAGGAGUACCAAGUGCUGCAAUAUGAGCCCUCACAAGUCGUGAAACAUACCUACAAGGAUGGGGGUAUAGCCAUCAUUGAGCAGAUCAUCUGCUCUCAUGCAAGAUUCUUCACUGGAACCUACGAGUCGACAUUCUCAUUCAGGAUCCAGGAAGAACGGGAGAUCAUGGGAUUCCCGCCUGAGAACACGUUCAACAGGCUGUGCGGAGAUGGUGAGGAGAAAUGCAGCCAACCAUCCAGAUGGAGGAUUGUUUUCUGAUGGGAGUACAGUGCGCUGCAUUGUGCCUGAUGUUUUAAGUGCGUGGAAUGUCGAUUACAGGGAAGAUGACCCAUGCCUGGUGAUCAGAUGUCGGAGCCACAUUUGGCUGGUGUGGUGGCAGAUCAAAAAUUCAUGCCAGCUAUUAAACAAAAGAUUUAUUGUGGGUGUAUCCAGUCGUAAAUCACAUUUUGAUGUCACUGUUCCAAAACAGGAAGUGGGAGAAAAAUCACCAUCACCAUUUACUGUAGGGUCCUGACAUCUUUAUGGUAAUCAGUUUUUAAUAUAUAAUAGUUGUUACAGUAAUUGUACAGAUUAGAAUACCAGAAAUUGAUCGCUCGA